GUGAUUUUGAUGAGAAGAAAAAGUCAUCUCUGAGCUAUGAUGUGGUAUCUUCGAAAGCUGCUGUUUGUUGCGGCAGUGUUCAGCGGAAGGACCUUGGGCAGUGCGACGGUGGUAGUAUCGGAGACUCCUGACCCUAUUUACUUGACGACAAUUAUAACGGUAUACGAUGGAACGGUGACACCUACUGAUUCUGUCGAGAGACCGACAUCAUUUUUGGAUAUACCAUCUUUUUCUCCCACGCCGUCGUCUCAUCAUGCUCUGCAUCUUCCUCAUCCUGCUGCCUAUGCCCCUCUACCGGGAUUCAUACCCAAGCCUCAGCCGGCAAAGGAGGAAUUUUCGUCUGUUCCACGGCUUACAACGUUCAUAACACAUACUAUACCGCGAGAAACAACUACCGAUUCGUCUUCAUCUCUGACAGUCAUGGCGACUUCCACGUCUUCAGCAGCUCCGGCUCUUAAACAAUCAGAUACCUCCUCACCACCAUCUUCCAAACCCCUGUCAACGGGCGCAGUCGUAGGUAUCUGCGUUAUAGGUGUCCCUCUCGUCAUCGGGCUUGUGUUUUACUUCAUGUACCAUGAAUGUGUGAAAGAUCGCUCCAUUUUGUCUAUUUGCUCUAGUUGCUGCGAUUGCUGCAAUGGGAAGAAACAGGCUCAGUCGCUGGAAAACCUGAGGGUCGAUGUCCAGGGAGAGACGACACUGGAAAACCUGAGGGACGAUGUCCAGAGAGAGACAACACCGGUUGAACUUGAUGCCACAAACGAGGUUAUAGGAGAGCUUUCCGCACCGGAGACUACGCCAUAUCAUUCUCAUCCUCCUCCGAGGGUGCCUGGAGCGAGGGAGUUGGAUGAGAGCAGUACGGUAUCGCAUCAUAGCCCUCCAUCUACAUCUCGACAGCCUGCCGAAUUAUCUACGUCUAUUGACGAGGGCGCUUCGGCUUUACCACCACCAUAUGAGGAGAUAAUAGAAACAAAUGGGAGAGCGCCCGUGUUUUCGUGGGUUGCACCUGAGUCUGCAUAUCGACCGGAGAAACGAGACUCAUGAAUGCAGCUUGAAAGAUUUAAAAAUCAUGGAUAAUGUUAAUUUGCGUUUACUGUUGGUAAAUCGGACAUGCUUUUGUCAUGUGUUUGGGAGUGAGCUUACUGUUUGGGCAAGAUGGAUUGUUAGAUGGAACUACAGCCUAGUAUGCUUUAUUUGAACCACAUUUAGCC